GUGAUGCCUUUGGGAAUUCUUUCCCGGUUGAUGUUAGGAAAGACAUGGCCGUUGGGUAUCUCAAGGAACUCAUCAAAAAGAAGAAGGAGUCCGAUUUAAACAAUAUAUCCGCGGACAGUCUAAAGUUAUGGAGUGUGAAUAUUCCUACCGAAGGUAAAGAUCUGGAAACCAAAAUAUACGCCGAAAAUAUCAAAGAACAAUACCAAGCUAAAACAUUGACUUCUCUCCUUGCUUCGUCAAUAUUGCAACCUCUUGACGUGAAGUUUCCUACUCACAAGUUUUAUGAUCGUAAUCAGGCUCUUAAUUCAAUGUUGAAAGUUGCUCGUUAUAACUACGAGGGUCGCAGCAGGCCUGAUCACAAAGAUCAUGGAUUUAUUUUAAUUCCCGGAGGGAUAGGAAUAGGAAAGACACGGAUGGGCUGGGAAUCAAAAAAUCUGUCCUCUAUACUGUCAACAAGGGACGACAAUACUGAGUUUGUAGAAGCUCUAAAAGAUCCCUGCUACGUCUUUAUUGACUUAAAUAGUGAAUAUAAAUAUAUUACAGGUUUCGAUGAUGUGGAAGAUUCAAAUGUGCGAAUAGGAACGCGUGUUGCAGUGGCUUCGGGGUUGGUGCCUGAGUGUUAUCGACUACAUAAAUUAAUAGCAACAAACAACCCAAAACUCUUUGAACUUCCUAACGUGAUUAGUGAGAUACUUCAACGUCGUUUUAAAAUGAAACAGCGUUCGGUUGAGGCUAUCAUCAUCCAUCUUGACGAAUAUCAACUUUACAUUGAUGAUGCUAAACUAUACCAACAACUAUCAUGGAUAAAAUCUCACGAAUUCUUUAAAUCAAUGCUAAGGGAGAUUGGUAGUGUCAUGCGUGGUAAUAAUAUGAAAGAUGAGUAUGAUAGAAAAUAUUUUAUCGUCCCAAUCUGUACAGGAACAUCUGCCAUAGACGUUCAUUUUUUACCUACAGAGUAUACUCAAGAAAUAUUGGAGCUUAAGCCUUUGAAUUAUGUUUCAGCAAAGUCAAUGUUCCUUGACAAAUAUGAUUAUUCAAAGCAAACAACUGAUCAAGGAAGAGAUCUAGUGAUGCAAAACCUCAAAUCACAUCACUCUUCUGAUCUUAAUAAUGAUGAUGUCGAAAAGCUUUCAGCGGAUUUUUGUAAUUUUGUACUAAAUCAACAACACUUUCAUAUUGCUAUGUUUGACACUGGCUUCAUUCCAAAAUUUAUUGACGAUCUCUUAAAUUCCUCUACCCUUAAGUCAUAUUUUGAUUGGGGGAAUAAACUCUUUACUAAAAUAUCUGGCCGGAAUGUUACUAAGGUUGGAAAUAAUCCAGGUGAUUGGAAGAACUUAGAUGAUAUACGUACUGUAAUCUCAUUUGGGCUUACCGGGCAUCAUGUAACGAGAGAUUUUCUACUACCCAGUCGUACUUCCAUCGGUGAACUUGAACGAUCUGGUUUGAUCUAUCUUUUUAACACUAAAGAUGAAUGGUAUACCAUCGUUAUGCCAUUUAUGCUAUUGAAAGUUCUCAACAACAAGCUCCUGAUAUCUAAUGUAGAACCUGUGUUUCCAGAUCACCUUCUCUUAAUUCCAACACAUGUUUUCCCUUGGCAGUGGGAAGACUUUGAACUUCUAUACGGACAUUUCCAAAAUGCUCUUAUAGAUAGUUUAAUCAAAGUUAAGGAGUCAAAAUUGUUAUCCAUUAAUCAUAUAAUUGAGCUACUCCAAUUAAAAUUAGAAAAAGAAACACACGACAACACAAUAUUGCAAAUCAAUGAUGAAAUCAAAAAGAAUAAUAUAAAUCUUAUCGAUGAAACGAACAUGAGCUGGCAAUUAUCUGAUAUAUUUCGUGGUGCAUUAGGUGCCGAUACACUUCUCCAACGCAAGGUACGAUUACAUAAUCUCAAAGUCUUUACUGAGAGUAAGAAGUUUCUUGCAACGACAGACGAUGUUGCAAGUUUUGAUAAGUCAGUGUUAUGUGAUUAUAAUGUAACCUGCUCACUUGAGGAAGGAAUUUUUCGCUGUUACAAAGGGAAUGCUAAUAUUGAUCACCGCUGGAUUCUUGAUUCUGCCGAUAAUGGAAAAAAGUUGGCGAUCUUUUCGCAAAUCAAGUACUCAGAACGCGGUGUAAUAACUAAAAUGUCGACAUCAGAUAUUAAAGGUUGGUACGAUAUAACAAUGAAAUCAAUAGAAAAUUAUAUGAACGACUAUGAUGUGGUUCUUGUUUUGUUCACAAACCGGAAAUGUACGGGAAAAAUUAAUAUCGAAACAAUGCCUCAUCUACUUCUCAUUUAUCCGGAAAAUCUUGAGAAGUAUCUUUCUCCAACAUUUGCUCAUCGUGGUUUGGUAGAUAGACCAGGCGAAAAUAACCACUGA